ACAUGGCGUUCAGCUUUGGCGGAGGCGGUACAAAUGCUCCAAGCUCCUCCGGAUUUUCAUUUGGUUCAUUCGGUGCCAAAACCACAGCGUCACCCGCUUUCGGCUUUGGCACUGCCACCACUACCACAGCUUCAUCCGGAUUUAGUACUCUCACUGCCCCAGCCUUUGGGCCCACCACUACAACCACUGCAUCUACAGGAUUUGGCUUUGGCUCCACGACAACUGGAACCUUUGGUGGCUUUGGGACAACAACUACAUCUGCUCCCACUGGAUCUACUUUCAGCUUUGCAGCUCCUUCAAAUACAGGCGGGCUGUUUGGGGGCACACAGAAUAAGGGCUUUGGCUUCUCCUCUGGCCUGGGCACAGGCACUGCGACUGGGACAGGCUUUGGCACAGGGCUGGGAGGAGGACUGGGAUUUGGAGGGUUUAACAUCCAGUCAUCACAACAGCAAGGGGGGUUGUUUGGCCAACAGGCCCAGGCUCAACCUCAAUCUAACCAGCUGAUCAACACAGCCAGUGCCCUCUCUGCGCCUACUCUACUCAACGAUGAACGAGAUGCCAUCCUCGCCAAGUGGAACCAGCUGCAAGCGUUCUGGGGCACGGGCAAGGGCUUCUUCCAAAACAACGUCCCCCCCGUAGAGUUCACUCAAGAAAACCCCUUCUGCAGAUUUAAGGCGGUGGGAUACAGCUGUGUUCCGUCCACUAAGGAUGAGGAUGGCUUGGUGGUGUUAGCUCUGAAUAAGAAGGAGUCAGAUGUGCGCAGUCAGCAACAGCAGCUGGUGGAGUCGCUGCAUAAAAUCCUGGGAGGACACCAGACUCUCACCGUCAACGUGGAGGGAGUGAAAGCCCUGCCAGACGAUCAGACGGAGGUGAUCGUGUACGUGGUGGAGCGUUCCGCUAACGGAACCUCAAAGCGGGUUCCGGCCACCACACUCUUUAGUUACAUGGAGCAGGCCAAUGUUAAGACUCAGUUACAGCAGCUGGGAGUGAUCAUGUCUGUGGCCCGAACAGCACUGUCACCUGCUCAGCUCAAACAGCUUCUACAGAACCCCCCGGCAGGUGUGGACCCUAUUAUCUGGGAGCAGGCCAAAGUAGAUAACCCGGAUCCUGAGAAGUUGAUACCAGUGCCCAUGGUUGGCUUUAAAGAGCUGCUCCGUCGACUAAAGAUCCAAGAGCAAAUGACCAAACAGCACCAGACAAGAGUGGAUAUCAUCUCCAAUGACAUCAGUGAGUUACAGAAGAAUCAAGCGACGACAGUGGCCAAAAUCGCUCAGUAUAAGAGAAAGUUAAUGGAUCUCUCACACAGAGUUCUGCAGGUACUCAUUAAACAGGAAAUCCAGAGGAAGAGUGGUUAUGCUAUUCAGGUGGACGAGGAACAUCUGAGAGUCCAACUGGACACCAUUCAGUCAGAGCUCAACGCCCCCACACAGUUUAAGGGUCGUCUGAAUGAGCUGAUGUCACAGAUCCGGAUGCAGAACCAUUUUGGGGCAGUGCGCUCAGAGGAGAGAUACAGUGUGGAUGCAGAUCUGCUCAGAGAGAUCAAACAGCAUUUGAAGCAGCAACAGGAAGGUCUAAGUCACCUGAUCAGCGUAAUCAAAGACGACAUGGAAGAUAUCAAACUCAUUGAACAGGGUCUCCAUGACAGUAUGCAUGUCAGGGGUGGAAAGCUCAGCUAAUGUGUUCCCUUGAAUACAUCAGACAGACACACACACACACACACACACUCACACACUUCACUCUUUUGCAGUACUUACCCAGGUCCACCCCCCUAUUCUCUGUUUCACCCUGGUCUAGUAAAAUUAAAACAUGCUUGUAGAAUUGGAGUCUGUGCAGACUGUGUAGCUAAAGGGAGUUUUGUGAAGUGCCUGUUGGGGUGUUGGUAUGAGUAUAAGUGUAUUACUGCUGCCAAGACGCUAGAAUAGCAUCCCACAGUUCUUGUGUGUGAGAGAGCACUGCCCUCAAAAAAAAUCACAUUGGGUAAAGAUAUUAAGGAACAAACUGCUGGCUCUGGGAGCCACAUCUUGGCUUGGUUGUAGCAGAAUAACACAUGACUCUUGUUCUCUGUUAACGUUACAAAAAUUCUGUUAAUAUACCCACUAUCUACCCAGUAAGGAUAAUAAUAAUGAUGGGAAAUCUGGUUUGAUUUGGUUUGCUGGGUAGCUUGAAGGAUGUUUGGACAUAUUACUCUUUCAAGCAACACAACACAAGUGAAAUCAUUUUAGAGUUUAAAGGUGAACCUGGUAUCUUUGAAAAUACAACUAUUGCGUCUCAAGAAGCAGCCUCAGUACAUUAGAUGUGCUAAUUUAACAUUGGCUGGAUUGCGCUGGGUGGACACGCCCCUGACAUUGAGGGAUAUGACAACAAUAAUGUGAUAAAAUAUUUUAAAGUAUUGAACUCAAUAUGUGUAUAUAUAAUACCUUUUAUUAUUACAUUAUGGUUUUGUAUUCUGGAAAAAAUCUGGAUUUAUACAUCCUAAUUGGACUUGAAUAAAGCUUCGUUAUCAAACCAG